AUGUGAUAGACUCCAGAGACUAGGAGAUAAAAUAGUUUAGUUUUUUAGGAUUAUGAGGUUUUGUUCUCACCAGAGAUGGAGGGUACACCCCCUGAUGUCUGCACCCCCAUCUCCUGGGGUGGGUUCACUUGGAACACACACACCCCAGCUGUUUUAUAUCCAGGAGAAGCCUUUGUUUAAGAAGGAAUUCCAGUGUACUUUCUUGUUAAAAGAAAGAGGAACAAUAAGGGGAGAAUAAGGGUUAAAUAUAAGUGGUGUAAUAGAUGCACUACUUCAUUCAUGUGUACCUAAUUCCAUCAAAGCUUUUAAAUGUGUAUUUAGAUUUGUUUUUCUGCUGACGUCAAGGAGAAGGCAGAGGAAAGAAGCAGUAUUUCUAUUGUAUGAUUAUGAAGUGCCAUACAGGUUUAUUUUCCAGAACUCUUUUCUUCAUUAUUUAACAGCUUACCCCAGGCACUUGCAAAAGAAAAUGCAACCACUAUUCUUUAUUCUUCAUGGUUUGAUUCGUUCGUGUGUGUGUGUGUAUUUUCUUUUCUUGUUUUCUGUUAGAGGCUGGGUAUGCAUCUACCUUUAAACUUGGUUGGGAACUAUGAUUUUAUGUGAGCCUCGGAUUAAAUUUAAAUGCAGCAUUCAAACUCUGUUUGACAUAUCAAUCCACUGAACAUUAACUGGGACCAAAUGAACACUGUUUAAACCAGCAGAUAAGCUGCCAAAUGAAUUGGUUGAAUGCAUUGUGUCUAAUAUGUAUAAAUGAUAAGGAUAUAUUCAACUGAGCUGUUAGUCACUAUGAGAAAUUUAAGAAUAAAAAUGCACCAAGUUCUUUAGUGAUUAGUGAACAAAUGGAAUGAAAGUAUCUUACAUUAGAAAGAAUCUCCCUCAGACUCAUCAAUAUGAGGUACAAUAGGCUUAAAACAAAAUCUUAGCUGAGCACAGUAAAGAGUUAAAAAGGUCAUGAUUACCUGGUCUUUAAAAAAAAUGCCAAUGUCAAAAGAGAUUUCCAGAAUGAUUUAUUACACCUCUUUCAUUCUAUACAAUUAUAUCACUUUGAUAUCACUUUAUUUGCCAUGGCAAUUAAUCCUAAGGGGUCUGUAGUUUGCCAAGGCACUAAACUGUUCUGGCUGAGGUCUAAAUAGCCAAUGAUGCUACAAAUCCCAAGAUUUCAUAGAAUGCUGCCAUGAUGUCAAAGUGCUAUAAUGGUGUAGUAUAAAAUAUACCAUAGAAUUGCACCUGCACAAAAUCUGCCUUUCCAUGUUUUUCUCUAUAGCUUGCAAAAAGAUAAUUACCAACUUUUUCUUGCUCCUGUCUCUAUGGCUUUAUUUGAUGGGUAUUUAGCAGGUGGAGCUUUUCUUGCUAUGGAGAUAAAGUAAUGGGGGGAAACACCUGGACCAUUUAUGUGUCAUGUGACAAGCCUAGGAGAGAUGCUGGCAAUCCUGAAAGCCAGCAUUCAAGAGCUGGCAUCUCUCAACUGGAUCUUAUUCUUUUGUCAUAAACUGUAAAGCGUUAGCAUCCCAGAUCUUCAAAAUCUAUCACUUUUACAAUCUAUUUUAGAGAUGGGCUGCUGCCAAGUCCAGAUGUAAUAGAUGUGAUAGGGCAAUAGCAGAUGAAAAAUUAUUGACUUGCACUUAGCAGAUCUGUAUUUAUUAUAAGCAGCUUCUGGACUUAGAAUCUAUCAAUCCUCGAUUUUAAUCUUUAAUAAAAAUUUCUAGUCCUUAUAUUUGUUAUUUUAGACAAAGUGCUCCACAGUAACAAAUGUAAUGAAUCUUUACCACCCAUACGGAGGCAUAAUGCUAAAAAAGUUUAUCUUUUUCUCAUGUGUUGUUCAGUCCCUGCUGCAUCUACUCCCUCUCCAAAACAAAACAGAUUUCCAGCAGGGAUUGAGGGAUGUAUAUGUUCAGCAUUGCCCAUUUAUACAUGGGCCUUUGCCUCCCCCCUUAGACUGAGAGAAUAUGACUUGCCGAAGGUCAUUCAAUGGGUUUACAUGUUUGAGCAGGAAUUGAAACAUGGCCUCCAGUCCAACCCUCAAACCAUUACACCAUGAUGAGUGUUUUUAUUUAUACAUACUAAUUUAUAAAUAUAGACAUAUUUAAACAGUUAAUAAAUAGGAAGAUUUUUAAAAUUUAAAUAGCAGUAUUUGUGACUGUUGUUAUUGUGUGCCUCCAAGUCAUUUGUGACAUAUGGUGACCCUAUCGUGGGAUUACCUGUAUUAUUAAGGGGUUUUUUAAAGGUUAUGUUGUACAGUACAAUGCUUUCGAACCAUUUACUCAAACAUGAACUGAAACUGUGGGUAUAAUUUAAAGGUACUUACCAACAAAUGCUACAACAGUUCACCCAGCUUGUUAACACUAGGCCACAUGGCUGCCUAGUUCAUUAUUUUGACUCAUUGGCUUCUUUUGUCCUUUUUAUGGUCAUGAGGGCUAGAAUCCAUUCGAAAUAAAGCCCAUGAUUCAGAAGUAUUGGGUCAUUGUAAACCUUUCCCUUGUUUUAACUGGAGAAAAUGUCAUAGCCUGGCCUUGGAUUUCCACAGAGAUGCUGUUUGUGACAAGAGCCCUGUUUAAAGGGUUGUGCCAGCCGCCUCUGUAAAUCCAACAAGGUACACAUAUUCCUUUCACUAGGACACUCAUGGCAACACCAUCUGCUCUCUUGCGGAGCUGAUACUAUGGGCUUUUCUUUCUUUUUUUAAAAAAAGAACUUUAUUUGAAUAUUAAUUUCUCCUCUGUUUCUUGGGGAAAGGUCAUUUUUCUGCCUUACUGGCUAUUUAUUGUGGAAGUGAUUAUUCCCUUGAGCUCCUGAAAUCUUGAAACUUUGCAGACUGAUAGCUGCAAAUCAAACCUUACCUUUCUUCUGGUGUUAAUUACCAGUCCAGCCACUUUCAUCUUUGUUCCAACCUGCCCUUAAUUUCCAGCUUUCUAUUGUGUCUAUGAUAACUGAUGGAGGAAGAGGAGGAGGAGGAGGAGAUAAAAAGCUACUAUUGAAUCUCUCAUCAGACAUUUUGCAGGAGUCUAACAGAAAGGUUAUCUCUCUGACCUAAACCUCUUCUCCUUGGUUUGCCGGUCUGAAGCAACUGUUACUUGGUAACUAACUCUUGCUGAUAGAUCAGGUGUAGAAUGCAGUAACUCUUGACACAGUUACCUGAAGCUUGGAGAUCACUGCAUCGAGCUGUUGUUGCUACAGUCUUCAUCAGAAGAGUUGAGGGCUGUUCCAGAGAGAGGAGGGCCUUUUGGAGUUCCUCCUGGAGUGAAGGCUGGCAUAGAGGACGGGCCCUGGAAAAAGGAGGACCUGUGGUCACCCAGGCUGACCAGAUGCCCUAAGAAUAAAGGAGGAGAAGGCACCGCAAAGAUUUUCCUGCGGUGGCUUCUGGGCUUCAUCCCUUCUCUCUCUGUGAGCAUCGGGGGAGAGGAAACUAAUAAAACAGGAGGAGAAACCGCGACGAAAGCGAGAUUAUAAGAACGCAAAGAUUUGAGCUUGUGCUCCUCAGCCCAAGAUACAGCCCCUCCUGCUUCCUGAAAAUCUGCUCUGAGAGGGGCUGGUGGACCUCCUGGAGCAGCAUGAGUCAGAAUAAGAGGGAGAAGGGGAGGGUACAAGAAUAAGGACUUUGUGAAAAGUGUUUCUCUCAUCCCUUCUUUCAAUGAUCCGUGUAUUUCAUCUUGAACUGCACUCAGAUCAAUCGCCAUGACAGAUUUCUUUGUCUGAAGGCUAGCAUUUCGCUGACAUUUUCCAGUGACAAGCAGUUGCAUCAUGGACCUAGAUAAUGAGCUGCUCAACACCACAGCCUUCUGGACUCCUCCUUCCUCUCAGUUUGACCCUUUCUCCCCAGAGACAUCUGCCACUAAUGCUUCUGUCAACAUGACAAGCCAUCACUAUGACUUAACUAGCAAUGCCGUCCUUACCUUCAUUUACUUUGUGGUGUGCAUUGUGGGUUUGUGUGGCAACACUUUGGUUAUCUAUGUCAUUCUCCGCUAUGCCAAGAUGAAGACCAUCACCAACAUCUAUAUACUCAACCUGGCCAUAGCUGAUGAACUAUUCAUGUUGGGAUUGCCUUUCCUGGCUAUGCAGGUGGCUUUGGUUCACUGGCCCUUUGGGAAAGCCAUCUGCCGGGUUGUCAUGACCGUGGAUGGAAUUAAUCAGUUCACCAGCAUCUUCUGCCUCACAGUUAUGAGUGUGGACAGAUACCUUGCUGUUGUACACCCCAUAAAAUCUGCCAAAUGGAGGCGGCCAAGAACAGCAAAGAUGGUCAAUGUAGCUGUCUGGGGGAUCUCCCUUCUGGUCAUACUGCCCAUCAUGAUAUACGCUGGGGUGAGCAAUAACCACGGGAGAAGUAGUUGUACCAUGAUCUGGCCAGAUGAAUCUGGUGCUUGGUAUGCUGGCUUCAUCAUCUAUGCUUUUAUUUUGGGCUUCUUGGUCCCCCUCACCAUAAUCUGCCUUUGUUACCUGUUCAUCAUUAUCAAGGUGAAAUCCUCUGGGAUCAGGGUGGGUUCCUCUAAGAGGAAGAAAUCAGAGAAGAAGGUCACCAGGAUGGUCUCCAUUGUAGUUGCUGUUUUCAUCUUUUGCUGGCUGCCUUUCUACAUCUUUAAUGUCUCAUCAGUCUCUGUUCUGAUUGUGCCAACACCUGUCCUCAAGGGUAUGUUUGACUUUGUAGUGGUUCUCACCUACGCCAAUAGCUGUGCCAACCCCAUCCUUUAUGCCUUCUUGUCUGACAACUUCAAGAAGAGCUUCCAGAAUGUCCUCUGCCUGGUGAAAGUCAGUGGCAUGGAUGAAACUGACAGGAGUGACAGCAAGCAGGAUAAGUCCAGGCUCAAUGAGGCUACAGAAACACAGAGGACAUUGCUGAAUGGAGACCUUCAGACCAGCAUCUGAAAGAUCUGUGCAACUGUCCCCUCAUCUCCUUCCUGUGUCUUCAACAGAAGGCAACCAGCCCCCACAAGUCAGGUCAAGAACCUUUCUGACCCUUCUGUUAAGGGAAUGGGAAAUGGAAGGGUUGGGUUGGUGCAAGAACAGACUCACUUCAGUGGCUAAAGUCAGGCUGGAUUUAAGGAUACUAUUCAAAAGGAGAAGUACACGGUGAGGAUCACAGACUUUAAAAAACAUGCAGGUGUGUGUGCAGCAGUACAUGCAUGUCUGAAUACACAGUGUGACUGAGCAUAGGGUGAUCUCUAUCCCAGAUCCCAUUUGAGUUAAUCUGAUCUUUAAAACAAACAAACUUUCACAGGACUUGUGGUGCACACAAAAUCUACACUUUCAAAUGUUACAUUUCCAAUAUUUGACUUAAAACCUUUUUUUAAGGAAGAACUUGGCUGAAACUUUAACAUUAAAACCACCACCACCCCUCCAAGUGUUGAGUUGAUGAGAAGUUCAGAAUUUGAAGUUUUCAUCAAGUUCAGAUCAUUUGAACACUUGCCAUUCCAAAUUCUGGGUGCUUUGAAAGUUUAGGUCUAUGUGCUUGUCAAACAGGCAAAACACUGAAUCCAUGCAUUAUGUGUCAAAAUGAAAGUUCACACAGUUAUAGAGCUACUCAUAAGGGCGGUGAGGUGAAUAGUAACUACAUAACUGCUAUCUCAUUCUUGUUUCUGGGCUAAGUAAUGGAAUGGGAUCUUUGAAAGAGAACCAGGGAUACUGAAAAAUACAGAAAGUAUAUAGCAUGUUGAUGUUGGUGGUGGGUGGGUGGGAUAGAUGGAUGGAUAGUGCCAGGAGAUAAACUAGUAUAUAUGACUAGAAUGUAUCCCUUACUAUGGUUUUAUAUGAAAUAUGUGUAUUGCCCUAUCUCUGUAUCUUUGCCUUCUACAUAAUAGUUUUCCCACUGAAAGGACCUUUGUUGACAAGAUAGAAUUGCCAAAAGUUUAAGACUUCUGUAGCAUCUGCCAAAUGCCAAAUGUCAGGCAAUACCUUUAUUAGGAACAAUCAAAAUAUCACAAUAUCAUGAGUAAUCUUUUGGAUCCUCUAGUUUGCUUCAUGCGGCUGGCUCUUGUUCUCAGCUUUUGCAGCUUAAGGAAGGUAUUAUGUAACACACUGUGGCAUUUGAAAUUGUUCCAAGGAAUCCACUAAUUUUUGCCAAAACAGUGAAUGUAGUGAACCUUGGAUUUAAAACUCCCUUUCCUUCUUCUUUAUCAUGGCCUAGUCUUGAAAUACAGAUAAAAUAAACAGAAUCACAGUGCCA